AUGACUUCUGAUGUCCUUGAUAUACUUGAGCUGGAGGAGCCAGGUGUAAGAAAAACCCUCCUCGACACACGUACUCUGUUGAACAGGACCGACAAGGUAAAGAAUUACGGGAAUUGACGCCUGCUUUUUAACAGAAGAAAGCAACUUCAAAAAAUCCUCCGCUUAAAAGACCUGACCACAUUCCUCGCGAAGUCUGGGGCUUACAGAAUACGUUUAAAAAGUAUGUUUUGUCAACUUUGCCGACUCUGUGCAGUCAUGAUCCUUAGUAGAACUUAAGUUCUACCAAGAUUAACGUGUUGUUGUGCAGUUUGGUGCAACUUUAAACACGCCCAGGGUUUUGAAUAAACGUCUUCUAUUUGCGGGAGCUUGUAUUUAAGAUACUUAACUAGACCAGGAGCACUAAAACGUGUUUUUCCUAUCAGAAUGUGUUAAGUAGGCGCAGAUUCGCUUACUUGUGUUGUAUUUUAUUUGGUGAAAUAACAGCGAAACUCGAUGCUUACUUCGAUCAGUAGAUUUCUAACACGGAGCAUGCUUAAAGAGGACACGACAACUGCAUUUUUGAGAUGGAUUCCUGAAUCUAGAUGUCUAUCCAUCGCCUCAGGCAGGCGGGUCUACUCAUAGUUCCCAUCUCUUAUCGUGUCUGACGAAUGAGGGACUUCAGUAGUGCCAGUGCAACUUGUGCACGAGGGGUUGACGUACGAUUCAUCGUUUGCUGCAAGUCCGACGAGGCAACCGUGACAUUACGAUCGUAGGUCACCAUUAAAUGGACCCACUUGUCAUCGCUGCCUUACAGGUAGGUUAGUGAACUAAAGUGCCGGUGAAUUCGAGCAGACAGUCCUGGGAACGUCCGGAAAUUCUAUUAUAAUCCAUGGAAAAUGAUGCACUCUACAGCCCUGGUCCAUGUGUCCAGGUGAGCGCUAAGCAGGCUGAACUGCACAAUCGCAAACCGAUUGUUAUUUCUGGAUGCUAAGACUUAAAGAUUUCCCCGAUCCCUCCACCAACAAUCUGAAAGUGCGCAGUGUUGAUCCUUACAGUGUUAGUAUUUUCCACCUACGCGGGACCCCAAUACCAGACUUGUGCUCCCGGUAGUGUGGACCCCUGGGCUGAACUGUUUAAAGCCUGUUAUAUCUGUUGUUGCAACUCCUCGGAUAGACACAGUGUAACUAUUACCCUCUGCGAACGGGAGAUUCACGCAUUUAUAAUGUUCAGGCCAUUAAAUUGCCCUUUAAAAGGCGUAUUGCUGGUGGGACAGUAUUGCCAAGGUCUGUCAUUUUCGUGUGCACGAUUCGAAAGAAGUUUUAUACAUGGAAUUGCAAGAACCUAUUGCGAUUUGCCGAUCGUCACCGGUGACUGAAUUAGUUCGUCUAGCGUUUUGGUUAUGGUUCUCAGUGCAAUAAUGACUAAGGCCUGCCGAAUCUUACUGGGUAGAAUGAACUGUUUGCCGCCAACACGCGCAUGUACUAUCGUCGCCAAGGUCCUAUGGCCUAGCAUUCCAGCGUUAGUCUUGCAGCCCACUGAGUGCAUGACAAGGGGUCAUUUCGUUUUUGUUGAAGCCAACAACGCUUUCAGGCUAGAUAGCGUUAUCGCCCGCAUGCGCCCGAAGGUUUGCUUCGCAUCCGCACUCAGAGUAUCUCGUGCCAGACGCUUUGAGAUUGCAAUGAGCAACAGUCAAGACUUUUAAACAGGAAUCAGAUCUUACUUUGUAGCCCAAGUAGAUGGAGCUGGUAGCAGCAAGUAUACAUAAUUAAGGUUCCUAAUCCGUGAGGAAACUUGAAGAAUUCGCGAACAAGCCCGCCGAUGCUAUAGUGACUAGACCAGCUGAUGAACCCUACUGCCGUUUACCUCGAUAGUUCGAGGUAGGUCCUCCAGACUAAUUCCUUAAAACUGUUACACAGCGACAUAGUUGUCUAUAGGAGGCCGAAUAGAAUACCAUAAAUGGGUCCCGACUUCCGUAGAGCAGGUUUCAGACGUCUGCAUGCUCGAAAACUACCGGUUUAUUCGUUAAUUUAGCGGUAAGUGCCUCACAAAGAGCGAUUGUUUGCAAUGUGAAUGGUGACCUUAGUACUGACAAGUCGACACGGGUAAAGCACUGGCAUGGACACUUCCAACGUCUUUGGACCUCCGGUGACCCGACAAUUACCACUUAUUCAUAGAAUCUGGGUUUUAUAUUUCUCCAGCCCGUACAUUGUCGGAUGACCCUCCUUCCCGGGAGAAAGUUAUUGUUGAAAUAUUGAAACUGCCUGACAGUAAGGCGCCCGAGGAGGAUGACACGUCUGCCGAGAUUUGUUAAUCGUGUUUUAACACUGACACCCUGGCCCUGUGAAGUGAUUGAACUAAAACAGGAAAGCGAGACCGUUCCUGACAACCGCGACCCCUCCGUUCUUAGACAUGUUCUGUAGACAAAAACCAGUUUAGUCUGUCAUUGGUACCGUUACAAAAGUAUUUGCCGUUGUCAUUAGGCGGUUUUAUAUGAUGUGGGAUGCAAGGGUGAGACCCAACAAGCCGUGUUCCGAGCUGGGUGUGUGUUUGCCAACCAAGUAUUCAGAAUGCAACGCGUUGUCGAGUUUUGCCAUGGCCUACAACAGCCAACAGUCUUUUGCUUAAUUUCGCUGCAGAGUUCGAUUUCGGGCACUGACAGUCCUUGGGACGAACGAAGAGGCUAGACAACAUGUUUGCAAAAUUUAUCGCUGUGGUCAUAGUCUACUAUGGUUUCACACUAGCGCGAGUUCUUGUAAAAAAAAACAAAUUUUCUGCCUUCCUACCGGCCACUGCAGUUAACUGCAUCACGCUGUUUUGACGGCAUCUAAUUUUACCAUGACGUCGACUGACCAAUCUUGAUUACACUGACGACAUCACCAGUUAUGGUAACCUUUAGAAUGCGGCAAAUCCGCGAUUUAUCCAUCAACGUUGUAAAAAAACAAUUGGCUAGAGCCACAUCCCUGACUAUAAGGAGAUGUCCCCUGAAGAAGCGGACAGUUUAAACCGCCUCCCUCAGUGACGUCUAAUUAAUCCGCCGCACUAUCUCAACCGCCACGAUGUCCCACUUAUUCCCAAGAUUCCCCAGCCAGCCCUCCUGUGAUUGCUGGAGUUACGCGUGGGAGACAAGCAAAAAUUAGGCGUUUUCGGUUACUGUUGCUUGAGAACGAUGCUUAGAGUGAGGUAUGCCGAUUAAUCUCUAAUGAGACAACCUGCUCUCACUGUCUUUACAUCACGAGGUUAUCUCAUCUCAUCAAAGACAUACAACCGAAAUGGUUUCGACUUAUGUUUCGUGACCCAACCAACAACCAGUGCUGCGGCACUAAGUCCGACUCCACCGUCCAUUGCAGAGGAGGAAACCGAGCUUAAUUCAAUGCGCGGUUCGAUAAAAAGGCGGUUCUUGAACUCCCUGUACUCAGCCCAGGAUGUUGGAGAAGAGAGUAAUCUGGACUGACCAGAUCGUCUGCCGCAGGUGAUCGCGCUUGGAGGGGCGCUACAUAGGGCAUCGGUAUGACUUGCCACAUUAAGCAUGAUCACAUAUGUCUCAGGCGCAAGUGAAGGCGAGACUCACUAAUCUCGUUAUUGGAUCAGUUCAUGUAACUUCCUCGUCGUGGCAUUUCAGACGAACUCCCUGUGGAGCCUGAGCCGUUAAUACGACAAAACGUUCUUUUGUCUGCUCGCAUUAUUAGUGAUACCGUAAAGCCACUUCGUUUACAACGAGUUUCUGAUAUCUUCUAACAACAAAAGGUGUCCUACAUUGGUCGAUUAUUUGGAAAUUUAAUGAGACGAAGCCCAUUUCCUGCAAUAUUUCGUCAACUGUCCUGGUGUGACGGUCAUACUCUUCUUCCAGUCGUAAGACUUUAUCUGCAAAUAAGCUCAUUAGACGUUCAUUGUGAUGGGAUCAUGUGUGUUCUGACGUUUGAAGUAGCGAAUUCAGCUGUUCAUCCUCUGAUACUGGUUGGUGCGCACUGUAUCCGACUCAUGCAUCAUUAACGUCGCCAUGUGAUGCAACGGGAACUCCUGUUUCGCUGUCGUCAGUUACUUCGCCGCCUUCUCAUGACAGUGAAGAUAAAUUACGGCGCCGUAUCCGUUUAUUGCUCUCAUUUUGUUGUUGUCCGAGACAUCCGGUUUGACAUUUGACCCGUCACGCGGAUUCUCUUUAUUCGCGUGAAAGCUCCUGUGAUAGAUAACUUUACUUGGCAGUGAUUGAUUGGGUCGAUUGAUUGAUUGAUUGGUCCCGCUUUCAAACGUGAAUUCUCAGUCACUACUAUAUUCGCCCACUUUUUUCAAUCUCUUAGUGAACUACCACCGUUGGUUCCAGCCGAUGAAGCUCCGGUGUACAAACAGCCCAAAGUUGUUAUUGGUGCCAGCCGGGUUCGUCGGUGGCAAUGGGUUGCAUUCACUAAUUCUGCGCGCUCUGUAAGUCAUCUGGAAAUGUUCACUUUCCACCAACUUGCUUAAGGAUGGCCUUGUACUUCACCACUGGCGGCGGGCUGGUGAUGUUGAGUCCGAGGAGGACUACUACUUUGCGCGUUUCAACAAGGUUAGUGUCUUUUCGCUUCGCAAACGCCGUCCUGCCUUGUCAAUAAAUUAUCAUUUCAGUAGUAUUAUUGAUUUCAGUAGGUUGUCAACAUUUAUCACUUGUAAUACUACUGGCGGAUUCUUUCAACUUGAGAUGCCUCGCGGACUGCUGUGAUUAUAAUUCGCAAUUACGUUAGGGCCCUGGCUUUACGGCUAGGAAUAGGGUUUUGGCUUUAGAGUUGGGAAGACAGUUAGGUUUUUAGGGUUAGGGAGUCAUUCGGCACCCGCGUCCCACGACUCUCAUCUACGGUUUACGUCUGAUUGGUCACAUUCUUGGGUGGUUCAGUUUCGAUGACCCUGACAGGCUAAUCACCCUUAUUCUUCGUGGAAUUGGUUUUACAGGCCAGCAGCAGCAGCAAGGAAUUUUUGUAUCGCGUGCUACUUACGCUGAGAUUUUAGUACCUACUAAAAUAUACUAACAUAUUUGCCUGUAAUACCUGUGUUUUUGUCUUAGUUUUUGCACAUUUUCCACUGUUUUCUCACACACCCACCCGUAAAGCCCUUUUUACUACCGUUCCCCUAUUGGGCGCGCCGCAUUUACAACAUUUCACAGUUGGUGACAGAAGAAAGGGGAGGGGGGAAGCAUUGACAUCUCUUCUGUCUGUCUGGGCCCGUAAUCCACUUAAGCGAGUUAUUCAAAGCGGUAUCGUCGGAAAACAGCCGAAUUUUUAUCGUUAGUCACUCGCUGGGACACUAACCCACUUCCAGCGAUCUGCAAGCCCUCUUACUUCAGGCUGCACUGAAUUAUGUUCGCUACAAAAAGCUUCUCCCUAGUCACUUAUGCUCUAGCCCUCGUAGAGGUUUUCACAAUCUGCGCAUUUAAAAUGUGCCAACAAACGUGUAGGGUCGCCGGGAUCCACUUUUUAAUUCCCCCAGAGCCUGUUAGAAAACAAGCAGUUCGAUAGGAGCGAAUUUGAGUACCUAGCCUGCAUAAAUGCCUUUCAGACAAUGUCCAACCCGCUAUAUUUCAGGCACAUGCUCGUUCCUGUAUUUCAGCAAUACAGGUAGUUAACCGCGCACUGCCUGGCACUUGAGUUAGCCUCUUAUUUUGUUGAAAGUAGGAACAGAUCGUACUUAUUGUCGCCAAUUUGGUCUGCUGCUUAAGUAGCCCUCAUGGGCUUAUAACCGGUGUGUAAUCGCACGGGGUAGGCGAGCACGCUAGCCUACGCUCUUUCGGUGCUGUCGGAAGUACAAAGCAAAAACGAUCGGGAACUGACAUGGACGCGGGGACGGACAAAACUAAAAAGUCUGUCUACUCGGGGGUCACCUAUCGAACAUGACGACGACGACGACGACGUCGAUUUCGACGAUGUCCACGAUCUACAGCAGGCUGAGAGCAGGGAGGGUGGCUUGUGCGCAGAUUAGUUUAUAAUGAUAGUGGACUUGCGUAGCGUCUACCGCUCCCUCCUCUCCCGCCUGCACCCGGCGUCAUGACAAAGUCAAGAAGACAGGACGUGGGAGGGGCUGUAGCUGGUUGACAAGACGAAAACCCGGAUCACACCUUCGUGCUCCACAACGAACGUUUGACCACCAUUUUAAGCAACAUGGUGUCAAACCCGCUAUAAAGACCUCAUUAACAAGAAGUAAUGUCAUCUAGCAGGUCGUCCCAAAUGACAACCCUGUAAUUCCGUCACCGGCUGUCUUCUAAGCCACCAUUGUGUGCGCGCCAUGAUGGUUUCAAGGCGUGACUGGUAGUUUAUAGUUGCGAAGUUCUGCACUUAACCCGGGUUGAGUGGAGCUAACAUUCGUACGUUCACGAAUCUGACCUGUCCGAGUUAGGAAAACUGAAGGUGGGAUUGGGCACAGUGCUGACACGUGAACUCGGGUCUCAAAUGUCUGAGAUUUACUGUAAGAAGGAACUAUUACAGUCUGAACCUCACCUCAGGAGGAGACUGAGUUGCUCCAUCAGCAGGCGACAUUCCGACUACUUCUUUCAUCACGUUGUAAUUUCCUUAAAUGCUUCAGCUUCAUUAUAAUGACUGUGCGACGGCCGAUUUCAAAGACGUCCACAGUGUUUCUCCACAGCAGGCCGAGAGAGGUGGUUUGUGCGCGGAUUAG